GGAGCCAUAGAUGGUGAGGUGUAAGAUGUAUAUUGAUCCACGUGUCACACGAAAAUCGAAUCUCUCCCGCAACUCAGUUGAGGUGGUCGUUCAUUUAACUCCACAGACACACACAUAUUUAUAUAGACAGAAACACAUGUACACAGCAGUAAUGGCGGCUGCUGCUGCAUCGUAUGAGCUCACAAACCUAGGGUUUGGUUUCAGACCUGUGCCAACAUUCAUUCCAUCAAAAACUUGUUUUACAAGAAAUUUGUUAAGAAAGCAUCAGAUAUAUCGGUCCGUUUCGUGUUCCUUGGUCAACAAGCAGCAGCAGCAGCAGAGUGUGGAUCAAGUUUCGUUUAGUAAAGACGAGAAUUCAUUGAUUGAAGCUCUUAUUGGAAUUCAAGGCCGUGGCCGUUCUGCUUCUCCCCUGCAACUACAAGAAGUUGACCGAGCAGUUCAACUUUUGGAGGCUUCAGAAAGCAUUAGUGAUCCGACAAGUUCUAGUUUGAUUGAGGGUCGCUGGCAAUUAAUGUUUACAACAAGACCAGGAACAGCCUCUCCAAUUCAGAGAACUUUUGUCGGGGUUGAUUUCUUUAAUGUUUUCCAAGAGGUAUAUCUUCAAACAGAGGAUCAACGUGUCUCCAACAUUGUCAAAUUCUCUGAUGCAAUUGGCGAGCUGAAAGUAGAGGCUGCAGCAUCAGUCAAAGAUGGAAAGCGCAUCCUUUUUCGGUUUGACAAAGCAGCCUUUUCUUUCAAGUUCCUACCUUUUAAAGUUCCAUAUCCUGUACCUUUUAAACUUCUAGGAGAUGAAGCUAAGGGUUGGUUAGACACAACUUAUCUUUCAAAAUCUGGAAAUCUCCGUAUUUCAAAAGGAAACAAGGGCACCACAUUUGUGCUACAAAAGACUAGUGAACCCAGGCAAAGAUUGCUUUCGGCCAUUUCUACGGACACCAAAGUCAGGAAGGAAAUUGAAGACUUCCUUGCAAUGAAUCAGAAAGAAGCUAAAGGUGAACAACAGCUCCUCGAGGGUGAAUGGAGCAUGAUAUGGAGUUCACAGAUGGAGACUGAUAGCUGGAUAGAGAAUGCUGCUAAUGGUCUUAUGGGAACACAGAUCGUCAAGGGGAAUGGAGGACUAAAAUUUCUGGUCGAUAUUGUGCUUGGCCUCAAAUUCUCCAUGACUGGCACAUAUUCGAAAUCAGGCACCGACCUGUACGAGGUGAUAAUGGACGAUGCAGCAAUUCUAGCUGGCCCAUAUGGGCUUCCCGUAGAGAUAGAUAGCAAAUUCAACCUCGAGUUACUAUAUGCUGAUAACAAGUUGAGGAUCACAAAAGGAUACAAAAACACAAUCUUUGUCCACAUACGCGUAGAAGGAGCCAACAAGAAGUAAAAUAUACUGGAUUCAAUUUAAGAAGUGUAAAUUGUUUAUAGUCUAGCUUGUAAAUGUAAAAAAGGAAUGCAAGUUUUCAGGCAAUAAUAGUUUGUGUAACCUGUAUGUCAGUCCUGGACAUGCAAGCCUAAUCUGAUGGUUGAAUCAGUGCUAAGAUUCUUAUGAUAAUAGAGGUCUUUAAAUGC